CCAGCUACAAAGAGGGCGCGGCCAUGGUUUACCUGGCCCUCUAGCCGCGGUUAUUAGUGUUUAACCCGUCCUUUGGGUCGAGGGGCGAGUUAAGCCUAUAACUGGGGAGGGAAAGGAAGGAGGAGGAGCGCGUCCCGUCGCGCCACCACCGCCGACGGAGCGUCGGAUCAGGGGCGACGGCGACGUCUGUCCGUCCGGGCCGUUCGAUCUCCCCACCCUGCCCCCUGCCGGAAGAAGAAGCCGUCCCCUCUUCUCGCCGCCCCGGCCAGCCCCGCCGGAUUUACCAGUUAAUUUUGUAGCAUUUCUUUUCAGACAUCAGAGCAUCUUAAUUUGUAUCCUUGGGCAGGCAAAGCCAUGAGCUACCUGAGGCGUUGACUGUUCAUUACCUUGACAAUUAAAAAUUGGAAAAUCGUUUCCUCUCCACCUUAUUACCAGUACAUCUGGCAGUUCCUUUCUGGCAAUCUAUGCCUCAGAAGUUUCUCAGUCCUGUUUUGAAACAUGGCUGUUGCAGUCCUGGAUCACAGCUUGAGCAGUGACUUCCCCUCAAAGAACAGAUUUGCAGGGAGAUUGCUUAGUUGGAAACGUGUGUUUGUCCAGAUUGACAAUGGUUCUGUCCUGGGCAUUGAACUCGAGAGAGGAGAAAAUGCACACACUGUGAAAAGGAAGCUGCAGAUAGCCCUUAAUGUUCCCACUGAGGAAAGUUCACUCACAUGUGGUGAUCAAGUUUUGGACAAUGAUCUCAGCUGCAUUCGGAAUGACUCGCCGUUGCUUCUCACCAGGAAUCACAUGCAUAGAAGCUGCUCGACACCUUGCCUCUCACCUAAUGGAAACGAAGCUCAGCAGUGUGAUCGCAGUAAAGUCGUUGAAAUUCUAGGUUGCUCUAGCCCUUCUUCAAGGAUGAAGCAAUUAGUCAAGGAUAUUAUAAAGGGAAUAAAUAAUGGAGUUGACCCAGUACCUAUUCCUGAUGGGAUGGGUGGUGCGUACUAUUUCAAGGACGUCUGGGGAGAACAUGUUGCAAUAGUUAAGCCGACUGACGAGGAACCAUUUGCUCCAAAUAAUCCUAAAGGUUUCAUAGGGAAAUCCCUUGGACAGCCAGGCCUCAAAAGAUCAGUGCGUGUUGGUGAGACUGGAUUCCGAGAGGUCGCUGCUUACCUCCUUGACUACAAUCAUUUUGCCAAUGUCCCUCCUACUAUGUUGGUAAAGAUCACCCACAAUGUAUUCCAUAUUAAUGAAGGUGUUGACUGUAAAACUAAGACGGGUGAAAACAAAUCGCUGGCACUUAGCAAGAUUGCAUCAUUGCAGCAGUUCAUCCCUCAUGACUAUGAUGCCAGUGACCAUGGAACGUCAGGUUUUCCUGUCUCUGCUGUUCAUAAGAUUGGCAUACUUGAUAUCAGAAUCUUCAACACAGACAGGCACGCGGGAAAUCUUCUGGUCAGGAAGCUUGAUACCGGCGCUGGCAGAUUUGAGGCACAGACAGAACUCAUUCCUAUUGAUCAUGGCCUUUGUCUGCCAGAAAGCCUAGAGGACCCUUACUUUGAGUGGAUCCACUGGCCGCAGGCAUCUAUUCCUUUCUCUGCAGAAGAGCUUCAAUACGUUGCCAACCUAGACCCUGUAAAAGAUGCUGAAAUGCUUCGCACGGAGCUGUCCAUGAUCCAUGAGGCAAGUCUCAGGGUUUUGGUCCUGUCAACAACAUUUCUCAAGGAAGCUGCGGCUUCUGGCCUUUGCUUGUCUGAGAUAGGAGAGAUGAUGAGCAGGCAGUUCACUGGGAAAGAAGAGGAGCCAAGUGAGCUCGAACUUCUGUGCAUGAAGGCAAGGAAGUGGGUUGAGGAAAGAGAGUUGGUCCUUCCAGAAGCUGACUCUGAAGAAGAAGAUGGCGACGCCCAGUUUAAUCUUGACUCCGAGGAUGAUCCAGCUGCAUUUGAAGCAUCACCUUUCAAUAAGUUUGGUCCUCCGAGGGGAAGUUCCAGAAACCCACUGUCAAGAUUAGUUGAGGGAAAUGAGGACAAGGAGGGGGGCAGCAAAAGUGAGAUGAGCAAGGAUGACCUGGGCACCUGCACCAGUCCAGUUUCUAAGUGGACUCCUUCUGCCUCAAAGCUGCCAGGCUCGCUGAAGGGGCUUAGUUUCAGUGGAAACAGCAAAUGCCACAGUGGUGUUCCAAAGAACAGGGUGACUACUAAAACAAAUUAUGGUUACAUCGGCAACACCACCCAGCAUCAGCCUGGAGGUAGGAGCACCAACAACAUGCUCCCUCCUAGCUCCAAUUUUGUGAAGCUGUCUGACUUGAGCACCUACGAGUGGAAUGCAUUCCUUAAGAAGUUCCAGGAACUGCUGCCAACCAUGUUCAGUGACAGGAAGCAAACUGCAGCCCGCGGCACGUGGCUGACGCAGAGGCUGGGUGCUUCUUGCCAGUUCUAAAAGCACUAGGGAGAAGGUACCAACUAUCAAGGUAAGGUAAUAUAGUCCAAAACCAGGGGUACGCUGUAUGCAUCAGAGGUUGUGUCUGCCUUGGUAGCAGCUGCAGUAGCUCUCCGCUGGUAGGUAUAAGAGAAUAAGAACCAUCUCUGGUGUAUGUGUUUGCAGCAGGAUACUGUAUUGUGUCUGUGCAUAGUUCUAACACAUGGGUGGUGCGUUUUUUCAUUUCUGUAUAGACACGCCCAGGGCCAUCGAGCACGGUACGGGCUGUUAUGGGGGAGUGUAACGGCAUUGCCAGUGCUUGGUUAUUGCCGUUGUAAGCAUCGUCGGAAAACUCAUGAUAAGAAAGAAGUUAGGUGUUAUUGUAUACAUACAUAUAUAAUUUUGUCGAUUAGUGUUGCUCUUUCAUUCCUUCCA